AUGGGAUCAAUCGGGCUUUCUCAGCACACGGUACUGCGGAACCUUGACACCAUCAUCGCAGAAGAACCCGAAAGACUCUACUGCGUUCAACCAUUCUCAUCUAGCAUCUCUGACGGUUGGAGAGAUGUAAAAUUUGUUGACCUGGCGGAUGCUAUCCAACAGAUGGUUCUCUGGAUCGAGGGCAACGUCGCAUCUUCCAAUGAGCCGUCGACGUUGGCUUAUCUCGGUGCCAAUGAUAUCAGAUAUGCUGCAUUUGUCUUCGCCUGUAUGAGGCUGCGACACACAGCGCUCCUGCUCUCUCCCAGGAAUUCGGAACAGGCAUCACUCCAUGUGUUGGGGGCUACGAACUGCGUCAAAAUCCUGUAUAGUCCUGAGCGUCGCCGUCAAGUUAAUGAAUUGAGAGAGGCGGAGCCUUCCUUGUGGGUAUGGGAGGUGCCCGGUCUUUGGGAGAUUUUUAGGUUUAGCCCACCAACUAUCACUACUCCGACGAAUGACCCAGUCAGCGACACGGAAGAUAGAGUGGCGGUUUACAUUCAUAGCUCUGGGACAACUGGUCUGCCCAAGCCAGUUCCGAUGACAAAUGGGUAUUUUCAAGCGCUCAAAAAUACUGGGCGUCUUCCCCUUCCACCCAAUAGGGAGAGCAGUCUGGUAGCCGUCGCUGAACAGGGAAAGCUUUUCUUUACCAUGAGCCCCUUCUUCCACUUCAUGGGUCUUCUCAACAUGGUGACGCCGAUAUUCUUCAGAACGCCCUUUGUUCUGAGCCCCGAUAAGCCUCUGACAGCCGACCUGCUGUCUCAGGUCAUUGCGGAGAAGAAACCCGAGACAGCAAUUCUUCCACCUUCUAUUCUGGAGGAACUCAGCUCUUCCGACCUUGGAAUGCAAUGUUUACAGAAAUUCCGCAUGGUUGCCUUCGGAGGAGCGCCAUUGGCCCCACAAGUCGGCGAUCGCAUCGCUGAGAUAACCCACCUACAAUCUGUUCUAGGAUCAAGCGAAUGUGGCCUAUUCGGUACUUUGAAGCAUCAAGACAACAACGACUGGAGAUACCUGGAGUGGAACCCAAGUCAUGGACUCGAAAUGCGUGAUAUCGGUGACAGCCUUUACGAACUUGUCGUACCUCGUGGACGGAGUAGAGAUGCACAUCCUGUCUUCCACACUUAUCCACAAAAGCAGGAAUAUUUUACGGGGGAUAUAUUUGCCCAGCAUCCCGAGAAGAGCGGGGCUUGGCUGUAUCAUGGCCGAUUGGAUGAUGUGAUUGUCCUCAGCAACGGCGAGAAAUUCAACCCUACUUCCAUGGAGGAAAUCAUUUCGUCACACCCACUUGUCGAACGCGCUGUUAUAUUGGGCCAGGGUCGAUUCCAGUCUAGCGCUCUCAUAGAGCCUCAAUGGGAUAUUUGGAAUGGCCAGCAGGACUCCCUCGUCGAGGAGAUUUGGCCUGUGAUCAAGACGGCGAAUGAAUCUGCCCCGGGCCACGCUCGUCUCAUGAAGGAUCGCAUCGGCAUAACCUCUGCCUCCAAGCGGUUCAAACUUACCCCCAAAGGCAGUAUUCAGCGGCGUUCUGUAUUGAUCGACUAUGCGGAUGAGAUCGAAUCUCUAUAUGCAAGCCACGCUCAGGGAGACGUUGCACAAAUUGGCAAGGAGGAUUCAGUUUCACACAUUAAAGCCUAUAUCACCAAGGUUCUGGUCGAUAUAUUGACUGUCUCCUCAAUUGAUGAAAAUGCGGACAUCUUUGGCUUGGGUCUUGAUUCCCUCCAAACGCUGCGACUGGGGCAGAUUCUGCAGGGGGCCCUACGAUCUGCACGACCGGAUAUUGGGGCCGCAGCAUUCAACAGUCAGCAGCUGUACUCCCACUCGACAAUUUCUCAUCUCUCUGGAUAUGUUUUAAAUCUUCUCAAAGGGCGGGACUCGCCACCUGCCACUUCAAUGUCUGAAAGUGACAGUGAUAGGGAAGCCCGGUUGGCUGAACUUGUCUCGAAAUACUCCGACGAUCUGGGAAAAAGUCACACGGUCAUUUUGACAGGUUCAACCGGCUCACUGGGGAGCUAUCUGUUGUACGAGCUCCUACGCGAUCACAGCGUAUCUAAAAUUUACUGUCUCAACCGAUCGAUAGACGCCGCAUCGAGACAGCUGCAGAGCUUACAUGAAAAGGGUCUCGCGACAUUCGACCACUUCCCACGUCGCCUGGAGUUUCUUCAGGCACAGCUUGGCGAAGAAAGACUGGGCCUCGAUGAAGCAAAGUACGAGGUUCUUCUGCGUGAAGUUGAUACUAUAAUUCAUAAUGCUUGGAAAGUGAACUUCAAUCAUCAGGUAGAGUCAUUUGAGAAACCUCACAUUGAGGGUGUUCGUCGACUGGUUGAUUUCAGCAUUGCGAGUGAAAAGACAGCCCAUAUUCAUUUCAUUUCUUCCAUCUCUACCAUUGAAGGCUACAAUCCUGAAAAGGGUCUCUCUAUCCCAGAGAUAAUUUUUAAUGAUCCCAGUGUCGCCCUGCGCCAAGGAUACGGUGAGUCAAAACAUGUCUCUGAAAGGAUCUGCGCAGGCGCAUCCGCGAGAUGCGGUGUCCCAACCAGUAUCCAUCGCGUGGGCCAGAUUGGCGGCCCAACUACAGAGAAGGGGAUGUGGAAUAAACAGGAAUGGGUACCAUCGUUGAUUGCAACAUCCAAGACGAUCAGGCAGAUCCCAAGUUCUUUGGGAUCUGUGUCAGUGCAGUGGCUUCCAGUGGAUAUAACUGCAAAGGUCAUCACCGAUAUUGUCCGCACUCGGCGUAUCACACAAGAAGAUGAGCCUUGUGCGGCCUUCCACCUCGUAAAUCCAAGAGCUGCCAACUGGCAGUCUCUCGUUCCAGCCAUUACCAAUCAUUUCGAUGCUGAGCCGGUCAGUCUACAACAGUGGAUCAAAACUCUGGAUUCUGUCGUCAACGCCACAGAGGAUGACCUGAAAGACAAGCCUGCGCUAAAGAUCCUCGACUUCUUCAAAGCGAUCGCAAUGGCAGAGAAGCCUGGUCCAUGGACCGAGACGCUGAAAACCCAGGAGGCAAGCAAGACAUUGAGACAAUUGAAGGCGAUCGAUGCUCCUCUAAUGGAGAAUUGGAUGAAGCAGUGGAGAUUUUGA